CGAGGACAGACUCGGAGAGGACCAAUCAGAACGGAUUGGGCGGGGCCGAUGUCCAACAUGGCGGCAGUACGGCUCCUGACGCUGCUGAGGCCCGGACGGAGCAGGAGCCUGCUUUCCCCGCUGAUCACGCGUGACCGACCUGUGCGAUGCGUGUCCCAGGCUCAGGCAGACGGAGAAAUCCACCUUACAGAGAGCUGUCUGAGAAGGCUGCGUGAGGUGACCAGUAGCUCCGAGUUCCUGAGGCUCCAGGUGGAGAGCGGAGGUUGUUCCGGAUUUCAGUACAAAUUCUGUGUGGACUCAAACGUCACCGAGGAAGACAGGGUGUUCGGAGUGGAUGGAGCCCUUGUGGUGGUGGAUGUUGAGAGUCUCCAGCUGGUGAGAGGAAGCACCAUUGAAUAUUGUGAAGAGCUGAUCCGAAGCUCCUUCCAGCUGACACACAACCCUCAGGCCGCACAAGGCUGUUCUUGUGGAUCCUCCUUCUCUAUUAAGCUGUGACCGCGGUAUUAUGGACUGACAGCUGUGAGGAAUAUGGGGGGGUCUUUGCUCCAGUCACAGAAGAUUCCCCCAUCCUACAUGCACCCCUGUGUAAAUAAAAGUGUAUGAUAUAUCUUC